GGAGAUCAGCAGUUUUUCCGGACGAAGCCACAGAACACGAAUGUGAUCGAGGACCACACGCUGAUCCUCCCCUGUGAAGUGGAAAACCAAGCUGGGGCUGUGCAAUGGAGUAAAGACGGAUUUGUUCUGGGUUUCGACCGUUCAAUCCCAGGUUAUCCCAGAUACCAGAUGAUAGGUAAUCCUCAGGAUGGAGUUCACAAUCUGCAGAUAGAAAAUGCGCAGUUAGACGACGAUGGCGAGUAUCAAUGUCAGGUUGGUCCAGCAGCGAACAACAAAGCCAUCAGGGCCGACGCACACGUUACAGUAUUACUGCCGCCUAAAACCAUUACAGUAACGCAACAUCCUAAUGGAAGCACUGUGGAGGUGAGAGAGUCCGAAACACUUACCUUUACUUGUGUGGUUGGAGGAGGAAAGCCUGCUGCAGAAAUCAAAUGGUACAGGAAAAACGUCGAACUACGCCCAGAUAACGUAGAAGUGAGCGUCGAAGAUGCUGACGAUCAUCGUCAAAAUGCCAUUAGUACCAUGACUCUGUAUCCGAAUCCAGAUGACAAUGGGGCUGUGUACACUUGCGAAGCCGUUCACCAAGCCCUGUCCGUGCCAUUAAGGACUUCUGUCGAGCUCAGUGUUUUAUUUCCUCCGGGGCCUCCAGAAAUAGAAGGUUAUCAAGAAGGAGAAACUAUUCGGAUGGGAGAUACGUUGACCCUUUCCUGCACAUCCCGAGGCGGUAAUCCUUUAGCUCAGCUUAUAUGGUAUAAGAACGAAGAACAGGUGGAUUUCAGUUACACAACCAAUGGUCGAGAGUCAACCAAUACCAUCACUAUAUUGGUGGAUGCAUCUGAUAAUAAUGCCUUGUACAAGUGUGAGGCUUUUAAUGUCGUCAGUCCGAAACCAAUGACGGCUACGGCAAAACUUACAGUUCAGUUUGCUCCUGCAAAGGUCACUAUUAGCGGUUCCAAGGAAGCCAAAGCGGCAGAUAACGUCACCAUGAUGUGCAUUACGGAUCCGAGUAAUCCUCCUGCAGAAAUAUCUUGGGUUGUGGAUGGAAGACCCAUACAAUCCAACAGUACCACCAUAGCCGACCCCGGAGGAGGCUGGGUGACGUCAUCCAACAUCACUGUCACCAUCACGGGACAGGAGAGAAACAUGAAGAUGUUUUCUUGUUACGCCGUUAAUCACGCCCUGGGAGAAACUGUGGUGGAGACGGCAGUUCUUAGUGUUCUCUAUCCUCCCGACCAACCCAACAUCUUUGGUUAUGCGGAAGGAACACCUAUCCGGACGGACACUUUACAUCGGAUGACGUGUGUGGCGCACGGAGGAAAUCCUCUGCCAUCAGUUAAAUGGUUCAGGGAAGGGAAGGAGAUCAAGUCUACUUCCACCACUAAUGGCAACGUGGUCACCAGUGAAUUAUCCAUAGUUGUUAAAUCCAGUGAUAACGGAGCCGUUUUUAGAUGUGAAGCCACCAAUUCUGCAGCUCCCGAGCCUUUGGUCAGAAAAGUCAAACUCACAGUACAUUUUCCACCCAGCGGAGUCAGUAUCAAGAUCAAACCUAAACAGCCCAAAGCAGAUCAAAAGGUGACUCUUGUGUGUGAUUCUGGAAGCAGUAACCCUCAGGCAGCAAUUACGUGGUGGAAAGAUGGCUUUCUUGUGUUGGGUACUCCCGAUGGUGUGUUUGAUGCCCCAAAUGGCGGAAAAUCCGUAAGAAACUUGCUACAUCUUAACGUGACAUCCAGUGACGACGGUGCGGUUUAUACGUGCCAAGCCACUAAUCAUUUAUUGCAACAAAGUGCUCACGAUGCCGUCACGCUCAAUGUCCUAUACAAACCAGAAUUUCCAGAGUCGUUUUCCCUCCAGACCUACGACGUUAUUGAAGGGGAGACAACUAUAAUCAAUCUCACCGCUCAAGCCAAUCCUUCGUCCAUCACAUAUUCUUGGACAACUGGUGGAAACGUCGUACCCAGCGUGGAAGAUGCGGACAAUACAAAGUACAGGAUCUUCGCUGUAGGGCCUCUUCUUCAUAUUAACGGAGCAAAAAGGGACGACGGAGGUGCUUAUAGCUGCGAGGCAACUAACGAAGAAGGCACCAAUAAAAUAACAAUUCAAGUCAAUGUUCACCGUGGUGCGAAAAUUACGAGGAUAACAGAGAUCGUUACUGUAGAUCAAGGGGAUAAUGCCUUCUUGGAGUGCGUGGCUGAUGCCAACCCCAUCACCGACGAUCUGAUCACGUGGUCGCGCUCCGAUUUCGACAUGAUAAGAACUCAGCAGAGAGCCGAAGGCGGAAAAUCUUACUUAACUGUCUACAACGUCUCAAGAGACGACUCGGGAAAGUUUACGUGCACAGCCAACAACGGUGUUGGCACAGAAGAUGCCAAAACUGCAAUUCUCGUCGUGAAACAUAAGCCAGUUAUCGACAAGUCUGCUCCAUUUUUAAAAGCUGCGGGUGAUAAAGGAGAAAAUGCUCAAAUCACGUGUCGUGCCAACGGUGCACCAAAUAUUACAUUCAGUUGGUAUAGGAACGGGGAGAGUGUAGGAGAUUAUCUCAGUAAUAAAUUCGAAAUGGAAUCGUACCAAGUGGAUUAUAUUACCUGGGAAACCGUUCUUAACGUCAAUCAAAUCCGUACCGUGGAUUACGGAUCUUACGAUUGCGUUGCCAGGAAUGAAUUGGGAACAGACAGGAGUACCAUCAGCUUAGAAGGAUUGUCCGUGCCAGAUCCUCCCAUUCAUAUCAAAGCACUUAAUGUUACGCAUGACUCUGUUCGUUUAAAAUGGCUACCGGGUUUCGACGGUGGAAGAGAGCAAUCGUUUCGUGUCAGGUACCAGGUGCUGGAUAGUUAUCCACUCAUGUUCACGGAUGUGUUUCCUUCCAACGCCACCGAGUUUACGGUCACAAAUUUACAGAUUGGAACUACUUACGUCUUUCAAUUGAUUGCUAUCAACGAACUGGGAGAGAGUUCAGUCUCCGAAAAGUUCGUCAGAGUCACUACUUCAAGUGAAGUACCUAAAAAUGAGACUAAACCAGUGAUAACGGAAGUGCUCUCGGGCAAAGGAGACAUACCAAGAAUCAUUAUCAUCACAGUUUCUGUUGUGGGAAGCUUUCUACUAAUAUUAAAUAUCAUUUUGGUAAUCUGCUUUGUGAGAAAGAGAAGAAAGAAAAGAUUAGAGGAAGUGUUACAGCGAUUGGCAAAGUUAUGCCAAAAUAGUGACCACUGCAGUAGCAAAGCGGCGACCAUCGAAAUGUAUGCUCCAAGUAGCUAUAAUGAGACUAUGAACGGAGAAACAUUAAGUUGUACGUCGGAAAAAAGUGAACCAUAUUCUGAUGGAAGAAGCACUGGAGAAUAUUCGGAGGAACAGGGGAAGCCAGUAGCUACGACUUACUUGAUCGAUCAAGGUGAUGGAACCUAUAUACCUGACGGAACGAUAGGACAGUAUAAUACCUAUAGGUAUUUAGAUCAAGUUUCUCGAUAUAGUACGCUGGAAAAAAAUUCUAAAAAACCAAACAAAAAUAUUUACGAAGCCGAAGAAGAUACAUAUGCGGACGCAUUAAGGAGAAAUGCUUAUAAUCAAAAAGUGGGAUACAAAGUCGGAAGUCCAUCGAUAGUACCCGGACACGCUAGUGUUGUAAAUAUCGACAUGUGUGAGAAUGCUCGUUACAUUCCUUAUCCAGUAGGACCAGUUGCACCGCAUGUGGUAGCCAACGCCACUCCGCUUCUUACAACGUUCAAUCCAAAUUACCAGGGUUCCCCGGUGCCACCUCACCAAUCUCAUCAGAUGGUGCCUCCGCCAGAUGGUGUUGUCGUUCGCGACGAAAUGGACGGCCAUCUUGUAUGACGCCAGUCUCCGCUACACCUAUUCGUCUGGUGAACUAUAAAUUAGUGUGGGACCAGGUCCCUUCCUUUCAUCCGAAGGUAUGGAAGUUCGUCAAAGUCGACACGUGCUCCGGAAAGCUGCAAAUAAAUGUCGUGGGGGUGUUUACUCGUAGAUGUGUCUGUGUACGUGUAUGUGUUCAUUCGAACAAUCCGUGCGAUGGAUUCAAUGGCAUAAACUUUAAAGAAGCCCAGAUGUAUUCGUUAGCGGAGGUUCCUGCCUAUUCAAACGGUGUAAUUAUACCACAAAAUUUUGGUGCUCACAGCUUUACACCGUCGUUUAAUUAACAGUAACAAGAAUGUGAUUUUAAACGAGUGCCUUAUACCGAUUCAGCAAACGUACGUUGAAGGAAGUUGCAAAAGAGUCCGUGGAAAAUUAUUCCACCGUUAUUUCUUCCGUUGGAAGUUUCUGAGUAUUAAAAACUGUCUUGGGAACAGGGUAUUAUCUUUAUAAACACGUCCUUUUCCAAAUGUUGUUACUAUAAAAAUUAGGUAAUCAGCAGAAAAUCAAAGGAACUGAUCCGUGGAAAACUACUAUGAGAACAGAGCCGAGAGAUAAGAGAGUGCCUGUAAAAAAGAAUCAAUUCGAAGUCGUUUGUGCCUAUGUUUAUGUCUGCAGAUGGCAAUUACUUGGUAUAUCGUCGUCGAUGUUCAAGGUGAGAACCAUCUUAACUAAGAGAAGAUUGAUGUUAUUAAUCGAACUCUUUUACUUUAUAUAAUUUUAUUAUAUUCCUUGCAAUAUUUGCUUUGUUCAUCACUGCAAUUUAUAUUUUGUAACAUAGCAUAGCACAUUUAAAAAGGGACCAUACUCGUUUAUAACUUAUUUAUCUCAACUGCAUUUUUUUUAAUGUUUAAACUAACUUUCAACGAGAAAGAAUGGGCACGUUUUUGGAAUAGCGAAUGUUUUGAUUCCUUGUUGCUACAUAUCGAGUAUUACAGAUUUAGCUUCUAUUUACAUUCCGUUCACAUCUGAUUUAUACUAUUGAAUGAUUAAGCGUGCUGUUUCUUCAGUAUGUAUCGAAACUGCCCACAUAAAAAAACUAUCUAAAUCUUCCUUCGCUUUGUUUUCUAUCAAAUUGCAUGUAAAUAUUGUAAAUAAGAUCAAAAUAUCGGGAUUCAAUUCUAUUCUUUCUGUUACGUGAAAAAAUUUUUAAGUUCGGUUACUAAAACACUAGUCGUUCUUCCCACCAAAGAUAUGUAAGUUAGACCGAACAUAAAAAAGCACACCAGAAUAAAAACUAAAAUAUCAAUAAAUUAAAUUAUUUAUUCACAAAAAAAAAAGAUCCUGUGUAGAGUGGUUUGAGUAAAUGAAGUGUGAUGCGCUAUUGUGGACAGAUGGAGAUCUCGCUGAUUGUUUUAGACCUUUGUACAUGCCAGGUUUAUAAUGCUGUGUCAACAUUACAUGUCCAUAUCACUGUUUCUUAUUAAUAACAAUUUUCUGUAUAUUGUUAAGUGUUUUGUGUCGGAGAUACGAAGUUAUGAUUUCGCUGUAUACAGAACGGUAAUAAAUACAAACUUGUACGAAAAUAAAAAUUCUUGUCG